AUGGCAUUGACUGUGUGCAGCGCCCAGUGCAGCGUGGCCCCGGUGUGCGACAGCUGCCAAGAGAGCCAGGCGCGCUGUGAGACCCUGGGCUCCCUGCUGCUUGAGGGCUCAUGCAGGAAGGCCCCUCCGGGGGCCCGCAGUUCUUCCAGGGCAACCUCCAUGGCACGCGUGCGGGCCAUGACUCUGGACAGCGGAGAGACAAUAGUCAUAGGACUGACUAGUCUCCUCCAGCCUCCUGACCUCCGACGUCCUAAUUCCACUGCAGGCAUAAACCCUGUUCUUGGCCUAGCCCGCCAAGGGGCCAUAGACGUGAGCGCGCUGGCGCCGAGCGGAGAAGUGCGGGGCCCCGGGCCGGGGGUUCCUGUGAAUCGGCCCCUGCUGCGGCUGCUGCUGCUUGUGCUCCUGCUGCCACUGCCCUCCGGGGCCUGGUACAAGCACGUGGCGAGUCCCCGCUAUCACACCGUGGGACGCGCCUCGGGUCUGCUCAUGGGGCUGCGCCGCUCGCCCUACCUGUGGCGCCGUGCCCUGGGCGGGGCCGUUGGCCCGCUCUCCCGGGACACUCUGGUCCCGGGGCCGGUCACCGGCAGCGCUCUUCACCUGCUUCCUUCGCCGGUGCAGGAGCUGUGGGAGGCAAGACGCCGGAGCUGGCGGGCUGGGCUUCCCGUCUACGAGUCCCAGAGUCCGCGGGACCUGCAGCGAGCCCGCCAACCGGAACAGUCGCUGAGCCUGCGAUCCUGGAUCUCAGCGGAGUCCGCUAGAGCUUUGGGAGAGACGCUUCGCGCCCAGCCAUGGUUUCUGCAGCACAUCCUCAAUGCCGACCCUGACAGACUCCAGGACCGUCCCAAGAACUUACAGCGCCUCCGUGCCUGACCUAGGCAGAAGCCGUCACGACUGUUUCCAGGGAGCACAGCUUCAGCCAGUCCUCGUGGUCUGGUCAAUAAAACCAACCUGAUUCUUGCGCC